ACCAAGCAAAGCAGCCCUGCUGGCCUAUAAAUCACCGGCGCCAUUCGACCCGGUCGCCACGGAACACCGAUCGCCGGAAGCUAACAAAUCGGCACAGACUAGCAGCAACUGCAUGCUACGCAGCCAGCAGCAGCUACUAGCUAGCAGCAGCACCGGCACCGAGGAGGACGGACCGAGACCGACGAUGGCGUCGCCGCCGGCGCGGGGCGUGAGCGUGAGCGUGGCGGACCGCGCGCUGCGCGGCGUGGCGGACCUGAUCAAGCUGCUCCCGAGCGGCACGGUGUUCCUGUUCCAGUUCCUGACCCCGCUGGUCACCAACAACGGGCACUGCGCGGCGGCCAACAAGGCGCUGAGCGGGCUCCUCGUGGCGCUCUGCGGCGGGUUCUGCGCCUUCUCCUCCUUCACCGACAGCUACGUGGGCGCGGACGGGCGCGUGUACUACGGCGUGGUGACCCGGCGCGGCCUGCGCACCUUCUCCCCGGACCCGGACGCGGCCGCCCGGGACCUGUCGGCGUACCGGCUCCGCGCGGGGGACUUCGUCCACGCCGCGCUGUCGCUGCUGGUGUUCGCCACCAUCGCGCUGCUGGACGCCGACACCGUGGCGUGCCUGUACCCGGCGCUCGAGGCCAACGAGCGCACCAUGAUGGCCGUGCUCCCGCCCGUCGUCGGCGCCGCCGCCGGGUACGUGUUCAUGGUGUUCCCGAACAACCGCCACGGCAUCGGCUACCAGCCCACGCGCGCCACCGAGGACUUCGAGCGCAAGUACUAGGCUACUAGCCCCAGCCGAGCCGACUAACUAUUGGUUGCUUCGAUCGCUGCGUGCGAUGUUGUGUAUACUUGUGGGCAUGCUUCGUGUGUCAUGUGUGCUGUGUCAGCGUGUGAUCGACUGUCUGGGGUCUAAAAGUCGGGACUCGAGGAGUCCGGGUGCUGUGUCGUCUCCCUGAUCUUUGAUUUUUUUUAUCAGGUUUGUUUGUAUACUGGUUGACUGGUUUUCGCGGCAAGCUCCUCGUGUCAGUACAGUCACUGCAUUAUUCUUA